CGUUUCCUUCGCGAAACUUUUAUUUAUACCUGCGCCGUGUACGUCGGAAAGAGGAACUAAAGGGUGCUGGGACAGACGUGUUCUGCGUUUUUUUGUCUCUCAGGUGGACAGAACUCUCAGCUCGCGAGGAGACCCGCGUGCUAAACAUCAUGGAGGCAUCUGACAGAGAAAAGUUGACUGUGGAUGCUGAUAACCCUGUAGCGCCUCCUAUUGGCGCCAUAAAUGAACUGCCAAAUGUGGGGCAAGAAGACAACAUGCAGGGCCAGAUGGAAGAGUUUCUCGGCCCACAGGCAGAGUACAAUGAGGAGGAGGAGGAGAGAAAAUACUACAGGAGGAAGAGGCUGGGAGUCAUAAAGAAUGUUCUUGCAGCCAGUUUUGGAGCCAUGACUGUGUACAGUGUGUACAUGGGCCUAUUGCAGAUGCAGCUGAUUCUUCAUUAUGAUAUGACAUACCGUGAGGUGAAGUACAGCAACCUUGGCCUGGAGGACAUCGACCGCAAGAUGCUGAUGGGCAUCAACGUCACUCCCAUUGUAGGCCUGCUGUACACCCCCAUACUCAUCAGGUUUCUAGGUACUAAAUGGAUGAUGUUCCUGGCAUCAGGAAUCUACGCUCUCUUUGUGUCAACCAAUUACUGGGAGCGUUACUACACCUUGGUUCCAUCAGCUGUAGCUAUCGGUGUGGCCAUUGUGCCGUUCUGGGCUUCUUUAGGAAAUUAUAUCACAAGGAUGGCACAGCAGUACUAUGAAUACGUCAACUACAGGGAGGAGCACGUGCAGGAGCAGAAGAAGCUUCCCAAGGGAGCGUGCCACAGCUACAUUAUUGUCUUCCAGUCAGUCUUCAACAUCAUCUUCAGCCUGAGUUUCGUCUUUGCGGAGUUCCCCAUGGUUUUUGUCCUCAACAGCUACCUGCAUGACAACAAUCACACUCUUCACAACGUCAAAUCCUGUGGAGCAGGCAUCAGUGGAGUCAUCCCUGGCUUCAACUCGACCGUAUUGAUCAACCUGCCUCGCUCCAUGCUGCUCAUCCAGGUGGAGAGUGUCCUCAUGGGUUUCGCCUUCCUCGCCAUGAUCAUUUUCCUCGUGCUGUGUGGUGCUGCCUACCGCCCAACAGAAGAGAUCGACCUUCGUAGUAUCGGCUGGGGAAACAUCUUCCAGCUGCCUUUCAAACACCUGAGAGAUUACCGCCUGCGACUGCUGUGCCCCUUCUUCAUCUACAGCGGAUUUGAAGUGCUAUUUGCGGUCACCGGAUUCUCCCUGUCAUACGGGGUCUGUGUUUUGGGCCUGAACAAACUGUGGCUCCUUGUAGUCGUCUAUGGCCUCUCCUGCUCUGUCUUUUCCUCCCUCUCCCUUUGCCUUCUGCGCCUCCCACGCUGGAUGUGUCUGAUGGCUGGUGCUGCUGUGCAUGUGGUGCUGCUGGUGGCUCUCCUGGCGUUGCCUCUACCUCGCAAUGAUAUUAACUAUCUGGGCCCUCUGCUGGUGAUCUCAAUACUGUGGGGACUCGGCACUGCCCUGAACAAGACGGGUGUCAGCACUGUGCUCGGUAUGCUGUACGCUGAGGAAAAAGAACGUCUGGACUUCGUCUACACCAUCUAUCACUGGUGGCAGGCCCUCGCCAUCUUCACCGUCUACCUCUGGUCCAACCUGCCGAUGAGGGCCAAACUCUCCAUUCUGUUGGCCACUUUGUUGCUGGCCUGCUACUGUUAUUGGGUGAUGGAGCGUCGGCUGGCCAAGAGAGUGCCUUACCGACUGCCUCGCAUCCCUCGGCCACGGCACAAGGUCAAAGGUUACCGCUACCUGGAAGAGGACAACUCCGAUGAGUCAGACUCUGAGAAAAGUGAAGAGGAGAAUGAUGAGGAUGAUGAGCAUUUGGUGGAGGAGAUGGAAGCAGAGGACAGGGAGGAAGGAGGCCAGUAUGCCGUGGUCCAGGGAGCUGACUCACCCGAAGCCAGGAGGAGAGUGGCAGAGGGUCACUGCCGCAGAGGGGAGGACGCUGAUGUGAAGGAGGGAGAGAGAGAGGAGAACGAGGAGGAGAACUAAGGGGAGUCGGAGGACAGAUAACAUACAAAGAGAGGAACAGUUGGUGAUGUGCUGGAUACUGUUGUGUGCAUGGCUCCAUUCAUAUUUUUACAUAUAUUUGUAUUUAUUCUUUCAUACUACACUAAGUAAAGCAAUUUUUCAGGCAUGAGUGUUAAUUACAAAUUACAGUUACCUGUUCAACCAUAGUCACAACAAUGAUCCAGAGAAAAGUGUACAGAAACUGGAAAUCUAACUAUCUAACAGUAGGUAUGAGAAUCUUGAAGGGUAGUGCACACAGGAUAAAGCACAAAUACUCAGAGUAUAACAAGAAUAUAUUCUUUUGCUGAACAGUCUGUGGCUCGUAUUUAUAGAACGUUCUGAUAAUUAUAGACUCUGCAGUUGCUUUUGUGCUUCAUUAUGCAGAAAAUAUACUCUGUUACAUAGAAAGUUUAGUUUGUUUGGUUUAAUUUUAAAAAGAGCACAUCUCCUGAAAGAAAGAACUGAAUAUGAAAGAAAUGAGCAAUUGAUUUUCUAAGUCCAUCCUCAGGGUGUUUUGAUGGAGUCAUUUUUAGAAAGUGGUCCCACAGGAUUUGAACAGCAUCAGCAGUUUUAGCUAUAUUUGAUUUUCUGUCUUUGUUUAGCUUUGACACCUUAACGUAUGCUCAUUUCUGUCUGUCUGUGGCUUAAUUUCUUGGGAGAACUAAAACAUGCAUUUUGAAUUUUAAUGUAUGAAUGUAUGUUUAUGCUGUACUAUAGCUCAAUACAGGUACGGGCAGCCAGUCGUGUAUGUCCUGGGCUAGUGAGGUAUGACAUUUGGCAAACAAUGGCCUCAAGGAUACAAAAUGCUGCUUGAAACUUUUUUUUUUACUGUUUUAUCAUUUUUUCUGUAUUUAAUCAAAAUAAAAUAGCAGGUCUAUGUUUAUCAACAAAUAAGUUUUUUGUAAACUUUUGUAGGUGCAGAGACAAGCAGGCAAAUACAGUCAAAAUUAUGGCUAAAUAUGGUUAAAUUGAUCAAUUAAGUGGACCAAUGAAAUGAGCGAUCUUUAGGGAAAAAAAUUGGGCAAUACUGUUUGAAAUAUAGAUCAAACUAGGUCAGUUUGGUAUUAAAAAAGGAACCCAUAAAGGUCAAUCAUGAGAGUAAAGAUAAUCUCAGUGGACCUCGGGAUUAGGGAAGUGAUUUGGUACGGAAAACAACAUAUCGAAGAUAGAUCAGAUUAUGCCUUGAAAGUGCAACAUAUCACGGUAUCCAUAUGCCCUUAAAAAUCCUAAAAUACCAUUAUUUAAUGAUUUGUGAGGGAAUAUGUUAUAUACAUUAUCCUUUCUUUAUUUAAUUUGCUGUUUGUAGUUAUUAUUGUAUUUCCUGACAUAUCUUUCAUGAUUUCACUGACCAGCAUUUUGUUUCCAAAGUGAUGACAUGUUCAGCUGGAAAUAACAUGACUUUGUAUUUUGUGUCUGAAUUAAGGGAAAAAGUAGUUAACCGUUCUCAUACUGAUGGUCAGAAGUUGAUAUACUUUUGUAUGUACCGCAUUCAGACAUUAGCUUCUGUUUAAGUAAUCACCUGCGGAGGGAAAAAGUCAUAGAAUCCACAUUUUCCAGUGGAUAUUUAGCAUUUCAUUUUUGUCAUGAAAAUCUCUUCUGACUUUUCAAUGAACUGAUGCCAAAGCUACUUGAUAUUUUUCAGUUGAAGCUAUUAAUAUAUGUGAUGUUUUUGAGCGAAACAGUGUGAGCCUCUUUGUUGCUGCGUUCACAAGACUAAUCUUUGUAUUUCUUGGUGAAUUACACAUGUACAUUUAACUGAAGAUUGUUUUGAAGUUAACUGCUGCUGUUUGUCAUUGUAUUUGUCUUGACUGGUGGGUGGUGUGAUGUCAGUGUCACUGACUUUAUAUUAAAUGAACUUUGACAGCCA